UUAUUUUACAAAACAUUAUUAACGAAGUGUAACUGUCAGUAAUACGAACUCGAAUAAUAAAACGAAUAUCUUCAAAAUGUCUUCGAAAAUCGUUCUCAUUGUUUGUGUUGUGAUCGCUGUAGUGGCUGCAGUUCCUGCCCAAACUGGAGGUGGUGCUGGACCCUGGGCUGUUGCUGGUGGUUGGGGUGGAGCCGGUGGAGGAGCUGGUGGAUGGGGACCAGCUGGUGGUUGGGGAGCAGGAUGGGGUAAUGGAGGAGCCAACCCUUGGAUCCCACCAUGGGUAGCCAGCGCCCCAUGGUACCCACAAUGGGUUCCUUGCACCACCGUUGGCAGUUCUUGCCAGGAUUGUACCACUAGGUUGGUGUGCACUAAGGUCGGAGGCCUGCAGCGUGCUUGCACUGACCCUGCCCUGCCCUACUGCAACCUUGGAGAGUGCUCUGCUACCCCUUCGGCUGAGUGUGCUCCUGCUGACGACGCCAGCGCUGAUGCCGCUGCUUCUUCUCCAAGUGAAACCGCUGUCUAAUCAAAUUUGAUGCAUUCAAGCUUUUCGUUAGUCGAACUUUUAGUGUUCCAAUUUUAAAUACUCUAUUUGACAAUAAUGACUGUUAACUAUCUAUUUUUGUAUAUUAGAAAAGUUUUCUUUUAUGAAUUGUUUCAAAUUAUUUAGUGCAAUGCGUUCGUUUGUUUAAUAGUUUAUUAGUUUGGCACAAUAUUAGACUAGGUAUUGUAAUCAAAAUUGUUCUCAUAAAAUACAUUAGCAAUUACUGUGAG